UUUCUCCCCUCAUCUCAAAACGACUGAAGCUUCGAGUUGAAGCCCUCAGACACUAAACCCUAGGGACCGGGCGGCGGUCGGCAGUCAAAGGGGAAUUAGCAGCCGGUGGGCUGUAUCCUGUCAGCGAUCGCCGGUCGACGGUAGACAGUCGAGAUGAGUCGUCAUCCUGAAGUAAAGUGGGCACAAAGGGUCGAUAAGGUUUACAUCACUGUACAGUUGCCUGAUGCAAAAGAUGUGAAGGUUAAUCUGGAACCUGAUGGCAUUUUCACUUUUUCUGCAACUGCUGGAGCUGAAAACAACUUGUAUGAGUUGAAAAUGGACCUUUAUGAUAAAGUAAAUGUAGAGGGAAGCAGAAUUAACACAGGAGUCCGGUCUAUCUUCUGUGUGGUAGAAAAAGUGGAGAAGGGGUGGUGGAAGAAACUAUUACGUGAUGGAAAAACACCUCACUAUGUGAAAGUAGAUUGGGAUAAGUGGGUGGAUGAAGAUGAUGAUGGUGUUGGCGACUUAGACUUGGGAGGGAUGGAUUUCUCGAAUUUUGGUAAUAUGGGGGGUGAUGGAAUGGAUGAUGACCUUGAUGAAAGUGAUGAUGAAGAACAAGAAGCCGAAAAGGCUGGAGAUGUGCAGAAGACUGAAGAAGCCUCGUCAGAGACCAAAAUGGAGACAGCUCCAAUCGCAUGAAAGAGUCCUCCAGCCAAAAAUCAUUUCCUUGAUUCUGGGGUGUUGCUGAACAAGGCUAGGUGAUCAUCUUUUCAUGUUCAUUGGUGUGUUGAGUCACUUGAGUGGUUGAUUGUAUCUUCUGAUACCAAACUGUAGUUCAUGCGGAGUUUAUUUCCAUUUUUGAUAGGCUGGUGGAACCAGUUUCGUUCGGCUGGCAGAAUAUGUUUGAUAUCAAGGUUCCAUGGAUAAUCUGAAAGCAGAUAUUAGCAUGUCGGUAUUAUUAAACUGUGCUUGUUUGAUUUUUGGAUUGUUUUUUCCUCUUUUUUUUUGCUUCUAAGCUUCUGCCAUUUGUCUUUGGCGGAAAAUGUGUGUUCUAUUAUUAGUGAUUGGUAUUAUGGUGAAGGAUCUAUAAAGUACUUUUAAAGUGACAACCAGGAUAUGUUGAUGCGCAUC